UUUGGUUGUUUGUAUUGAAACGAAGAUGCGGUUUGUAGCAUGCCUGAUAUAAUUGUUUUGAAUAAAUCUAUACAACACUUAAUAUUAAAGGAUACAAGUUAGUUCGAUUACUUUUCAUUUGUUACACAUUUAAAGAUAUUUAAUCAUGGCUACACAAAAUAUACUUGUAGCUGUCCGUAUGAGACCUCUCAUUCCUAGGGAAAUAGAAAAGAAUGAAAUACAUUGGAAGGCUGAACCACCUACUACUAUUUGUCAAAUUAAUACUUCUGAGAAACCUGUUGCAUAUAGCUUUGAUCGUGUUUUUGACAGCAAAGUGGACAAUGAAGAAAUUUAUUCAGAAAUUUGUUCUGAUAUUGUAAGAUCAGUUAUUGAUGGUUUUAAUGGUACCAUCUUUGCUUAUGGUCAAACUUCUUCUGGAAAAACUUUUACUAUGUUGGGUGAUAAAGAAAAAAAUAUUCAUGGAAUUAUGCACUAUGCAAUAUCUGAUAUAUUUAAUUUAAUUCAGGAUAUGCCCGAACGUGAAUUUUUGUUGAGGGUUUCCUACAUGGAAAUUUAUAAUGAAACUGUACGAGAUCUGUUAACUGGUGAAGAUAAUUUAAAGUUGCAAGAAGAAAAUGGCCAAAUCAAAGUGACUGGUUUACAAGAAAAACUUGUUCAAAAACCUGAGCAAAUUUUGCAGUUUAUGAAAAAUGGGGAAUGCCGGAGAAGAACAGGUGAUACUAAAAUGAAUGAAAAAAGUUCGAGAUCUCAUGCAAUAUUUCGCAUGAUAAUUGAAAGUUGUGUACGUGGUGUAGAAGAUGCAGCAGUCAAUGUUUCACAAUUUAAUUUAGUUGAUCUUGCUGGAUCUGAAAGAGCAAGACACACAGGUGCCACUGGAACACGAUUUAAAGAAUCUGUCAAGAUCAAUCAAUCAUUAUUGAGUCUUGGGCAAGUAAUUCGUCAGCUGAGUGAAAAUGAAAAUCAAUUCAUCAGUUAUCGUGACUCCAAACUAACAAGAAUAUUACAGAAUUCCCUCGGUGGAAAUUCUUUAACAGCUAUUAUUUGCACUGUCACUGCAGCUUGUUUUGAUGAAACACAAUCAACUUUAAAGUUUGCAGAGCGUGCAAAGCACAUCAGAAACAAACCUCAAGUAAAUGAAGUAUUAACAGAACAGGCAUUACUGAAGCAGUAUGCCAACAAGAUUAAAAAAUUGACUGCAGAACUGGAGGCUACUAAAGAAGAAAAAUCCCAACAAAAUAGGCAUCUUCAGGAAAAAAUAAAGUACUUAGAAAAACAGUUUGUCUUCCAAAUGAAUCCUGCCCUGAAAGUUAAAAGCAAUCGACGUGAAACUUGGGGAGGCACUUUGGAUGCUGCUCGAUUUCGCUUGCAGAUGGCAUCUCAGAAUUCUUUUGGAAAGAGGAAAUCAUUUUCUCGAAGUCGGGUUGGGUCAUGCAAUUUAUCCAUUUUGGAAGAACAAAGUGAAGAUGCAGAUACUGAUGAGUUGUUUAUGCCAUUUCAAAGUACACAACAAUUAAAGGCUUCCAAACGAAGUUCUAACACCAAACGAAACUCUGAUUUGAAACAAAGCCCUGAAUUACUUAAGACAGCUGAUGCAGCUGUACAAGCAGAGUCUAUGGCACUGUGUUUUUCACCUAAACUUUCUCAAUCAGAACGUGAUAAAAUGAAAAUGAUGGCAGAUCGAAUUUCGUAUUUGGAGAAAGAGCUUGCUGAAUUACGAGAAUUUACUACUCUUGAAAGGCAAAUAAUGGGAGAAAGUUGUAUGUCUUCAAAUAUUAGUAAAGUGAAGAACACUAUUUCUGCAAGUGAUGAAGGUUUGCCUUGUCAUUCAGAAAGUUUCUCAACUAAUGUUAAUACAUCAUUGUUUGAACAAAUUGAUCAUAAAAAUUUGAUAAAUGAAGAUUCAAUCUUUUCAUCAAAUAUGCAUGAAGAUUCAAUCUUUUCACCUAGCGAUACAUCAAAGAUGAAAUAUAAUGAAGAGAGCGAAGACCUUUUUCAAUAUCUUGAAAGUACUAUGAAAAUAAUGGGUAUGCGAAAGCAUAUUGAUUUUCCUACAUUCGCAAACGAUUUAAACAACAAUUAUAAAAUAACUCUAGAAAUGUUUAAUUUAAUCUUACAAUACCAAUGUUUAACUUUCAAAGGGUGCUUUAAAAGUGAAAUAUGCAAAAAAAUUGAUGAAGUUUUAGGGAGUUUAAAAGAGGUAUUUAAAAGUUUUAGUGAUAAGACAACAUCCAAUGAAACAAUUGAAAAUCAAAUUAAAAAUUUUAUGAAUAAAACAGACUAUCUCUUGAAAGAAAUUGAAAUGUGUUCUUUGGAUUCUGCUGAUAAUGAUAAAAAUGAAAUACUUAAUCAAAGUAGACCUUUUGACAGCAUUACUGAUUUGCCAUCGUUUGAAGAGUCGCCUCGUGUUUCACUAAGCAGAGACGAAAUACAUAACAAAAAUAACUCAGAAAAUGUUAAUACGUUGGCAGAUGAGUAUAAAGAUGAAAACAUUGAAGAAAAUAUUCCAAAUUUUAUCUGCGAUUGUAAAAAAUUGAAAAGUAAAAUUGUUGCAUUAGAAAAAGACAUAGAAGUAUACAAGAAUUCUAUUUCAGAUGCUAAUUGUGAUAAUACUAAAUUGAGAGAUAAAAUAGCCGCUUUAGAAAAACAAAUAGAAAUAUUUCAAAUUUCUGCUUCAAGUGCUGCUUCUGAAAGUCAGAGAAAAGGUGAUAACAUUAUCUAUUUAGAGAAAGAGGUAGAAGCAAAUCUAUCUGACAAUACUGAGCUUAGAGAUAAAAUAGCUGCUUUGGAAAAACAAAUCGAAGUCCUUCAAACUUCUGCUUCUGAUGCUUAUUCUGAAAAUCAAGGAAUAAAAGAUAAAAUAAUCUGCUUAGAAAAAGACAUAGAAGCACAUCUAAAAACGAUUUCAGAUUACAAAUAUGACUCUAAUUUGAAAGAUGAGCAAAUCACAAUUCUUAAAGAUAAGAUUGCAAUUCAGAAACAGAUUAUCGAUUCCUUUCAAAGUGAACUUACACUAAAAGAUAAUCCAGAAUGCAAAUGCAAUUUGGAGAUAACACCUAAUAUUGCUCCAAAUGAUAACAGCAAUCCUUUAAUUACAUUUAAAGAUCAAAGCUGUCAAGUUGCUUAUAUGGAAGGAAUCAGUCUGAUUUCAAGUUUGAAUGAAUCUAAUAUAUCUGAACAAGAUGUGAAUAAUUUGAGCAGAAAUUUGUGUUCUAACUGUGACACAUCUUUGAAUGACAAUAAAGUGCCUCUUAAUGAACAACACUCUGAUAAAAUUUGUUUGCCAACUUUACCAGCUCUACAUUUAACUGACUCAGAAAAGGAAAAUUCAGCUGAUCAAUUGAAGACAAGUUUUGAAGCAACUCUUAAAGAUUUAACUGAAUUAAAAUCUUUUACUCUUGACUUUAUGAAGAGAGAAGUGAAAAAAGAAUAUUUAGCAGAUAUUGGCCCCUUUGAUGAGCUGGGGGAUUAUCCAUUAACAGAUCAAAUUAAAGUUGAAGUUACUGCCUUGAAAGAGCUAUUAUUGCGUCUGGAACUUUAUUUGCAAGUACGAUCAGAUGCAGAAAAAAGUUUGACUGAUUUUGUUGAAGGUAAACUUGUGGAAAUAUCUGUUUUGGAAGAUAAAUUAGCUGAAUCUGAAUCAACUGUUAAAAAUAAAGAAGCAGAACUCGAUAAAUUAGGCUGUGCUUUGUCAAAUAUUGAAGAUAAUUUAUCCCAAUCAAUCCAGAAAUUGAAGUCACUUGAAUCUAUUGAAGAUAAAAUAAACUACUUUGAACUAGAAGAUAACACUUCUUUCAUUGCACAUUCAAAUAAAUCUUUUUUCUGUGUUGCGAGUAUCCAAAAGAUGGUCUCGGAAAUGGAUAUGUUAAUAAAUAAAACUGUUGUAUCAGUGGACAGUCUAUCUGUAAAAUUAAAAGAGGCACAGGAUGAAUUGAUUGCUAUCCAAAGUAAGGAAAAUGAAACAAAGAGUGUCCAGACUAUUGAAGAUUAUGAUUAUUUGGGUCUUUCACAAAAAUUAAAAGAAACAGAAGACUCUAAUGAAAAACUUGAAUAUGAAAUCAAGAAUUUAAAAUCGGAAUUGGAAAUUUUAACUGAAGAAAAUGACUACCUUGAGCAAGAAUUGAAGAGGAAAAUAAAUUUCUAUGACACUGAAAUCGAAGAUAUGAAAAUAAAAUUUGCUACGGAGAAAGAAGAAUGGACAUCUAAGCGUGUAAAAGAAACUGAAGAAAAAUAUUAUCGAAUGAUAAUGGAACAGGAAAGUAAGUUCCUGGAAGAAAAACAUCAAGCUGAAUUGGACUUUUGGAAACAAAUUGGUGAUUAUAAACAAAAAUUAGCAGAUCAGUUUGAUCAGCUCCAAGAAGAAAAUCGUAAUAAUAUAACUGAUUUGAAAAGUAAAUUGAAUACUGAAGUCGAAGAAAGAUGUAAGGAAAGAAUGAAACUUGAAGAUAAAAUCAGAUCUCGUGAAAAAGAUUUAACUCAAUAUCGUGAAUAUAAUUCAUAUUUGAAAAGAAAGUGUAAGGAGUUGGCAAAUGAAUUAAAGAAACGUAAGGAGAAAGUUAAAUCAUUUGAACAAAAAGAAAAUGUAUUACAAGAAAAGAGUAAUGAAAAUGCUGUUGACUGUAAACAGACUCAGACAGAUGAUUAUCAUCAUGACGAAAAUACAAAUUUAUGUGAUCAGUGUAAGAUAUUCAUGCAAAAAAUAUCUGACUUGGAGACCAUUCAUCAAAGUGCUAUCAACAAAUCUGAAGCAUUAGUUACAAAACUCCAAAACGAUUUAGAAGCAAAAAAAGCAAAAAUAAUUUCUUUAGAUACAAACAAUGCUAAAAUGGUUAAAGAAAUUGUGACUUUGAAAAAAGAAAUAUCUACAAAAUCUACGUUGUUACGUUUCUGUCAAUGCAGAGGAGUUACAUCCAAGAUGACUGAUGCGCAAAGUUCUGGGAAAUUGGAAAGUACAGAAAAGAACAAGCCCUUAAAUUUGAAUCUGGAAACUAACAAAGAAAAGCCUUCAGACUCAAGGAACAAUUUAAAUUCUCAAGAUAUACUUCAAAUGGAAAUUGUACAGGAUGCUAUAAAAAAAGCAAGAGCAGAGGAGAAAGAACUUCUUUUAUCUGCUGGUGGGGGCAAUAAUGGACCUGCUCUUUCAAUGCAAUGUUACUAUUUGCAAGCAAAACUUAAUAAGCAAACUAGUGAAUUAGAUAGAAAAAAGGAAGAACUGAAUUCACUGAAAACGGAACUGGCUAAACUUAAAAAAUAUCACUUGAAACAAGAUUUAGACUUUCAAAAUGAACCUUUCAAAGGCAUUAAAGGUGUAGAAGAAAAUUUUACUCCUUGUUCCAAACUUGAUAAUCCUUUGAUGGAAGGAGAAGCUCUUCACCCAAAGAUGCAGCGUAGAAAAGUUUUAAAAGAAACAAAUCGAAAACACAUUGCACCAUUUCCUACUUCAAAGGAAGACAGAAAGAAAGAAAAUAUUAAUAAUGAAAACAUUAAUCCUUUUAAGAUCCCAAUAUCCCUUGAAUCAAUAAAAACAAGCGAACCUGCAGCUCCAGAUAAUGAAGAUAAAGCUCUAGACACACAACGGCAACUUGAAAUGCUUUUUGGUGCACCAACGUGGGAAUGGCUAUAAUAUUUUGUAAAGCUUAUAUAGGAAUGCAUUAGUUUAAACUCUGCCAUUUCAGCAUUGUUUAAAAUAAUUUUGUAACAUAUUAUUUAGAAUAUUUUAC